UGACAAAAUGUGGAAAAGUUCAAGGGGGCCGAAUACUUUUGCAAGCCACUGUAUACAGCUAUACAUCCAUCUAUACAGCUAUACAUCCAACUAUACAGCUUUACAUCCAUCUAUACAGCUAUACAUCCACCUAUACAUCCAGCUAUACAGCUUUACAUCCAUCUAUACAUCCAUCUAUACAGCUUUACAUCCAUCUAUACAGCUUUACAUCCACCUAUACAUCCAGCUAUACAGCUUUACAUCCACCUAUACAGCUAUACAUCCAUCUAUACAUCCAUCUAUACAGCUAUACAUCCACCUAUACAUCCAUCUAUACAGCUAUACAUCCAGCUAUACAGCUUUACAUCCAUCUAUACAUCCAUCUAUACAGCUUUACAUCCAUCUAUACAGCUUUACAUCCACCUAUACAUCCAUCUAUACAGCUUUACAUCCACCUAUACAUCCAUCUAUACAGCUUUACAUCCACCUAUACAUCCAGCUAUACAGCUUUACAUCCACCUAUACAUCCAGCUAUACAGCUUUACAUCCACCUAUACAGCUAUACAUCCAUCUAUACAUCCAUCUAUACAGCUAUACAUCCACCUAUACAUCCAGCUAUACAGCUUUACAUCCACCUAUACAGCUAUACAUCCAUCUAUACAUCCAUCUAUACAGCUAUACAUCCACCUAUACAUCCAUCUAUACAGCUAUACAUCCAGCUAUACAGCUUUACAUCCAUCUAUACAUCCAUCUAUACAGCUUUACAUCCAUCUAUACAGCUUUACAUCCACCUAUACAUCCAUCUAUACAGCUUUACAUCCACCUAUACAUCCAGCUAUACAGCUUUACAUCCACCUAUACAUCCAUCUAUACAGCUUUACAUCCAUCUAUACAGCUUUACAUCCACCUAUACAUCCAGCUAUACAGCUUUACAUCCAGCUAUACAGCUUUACAUCCACCUAUACAGCUAUACAUCCACCUAUACAUCCACCUAUACAUCCACCUAUACAGCUAUACAUCCACCUAUACAUCCAGCUAUACAGCUUUACAUCCACCUAUACAUCCAUCUAUACAGCUAUACAUCCACCUAUACAUCCAGCUAUACAGCUUUACAUCCAUCUAUACAUCCAGCUAUACAGCUUUACAUCCAUCUAUACAGCUUUACAUCCACCUAUACAUCCAGCUAUACAGCUUUACAUCCACCUAUACAGCUAUACAUCCAUCUAUACAGCUAUACAUCCACCUAUACAUCCAUCUAUACAGCUAUACAUCCACCUAUACAUCCAGCUAUACAGCUUUACAUCCAUCUAUACAUCCAGCUAUACAGCUUUACAUCCAUCUAUACAGCUUUACAUCCACCUAUACAUCCAGCUAUACAGCUUUACAUCCACCUAUACAGCUAUACAUCCAUCUAUACAUCCAUCUAUACAGCUUUAGAUCCACCUAUACAUCCAGCUAUACAGCUUUACAUCCAUCUAUACAUCCAUCUAUACAGCUUUACAUCCACCUAUACAUCCAGCUAUACAGCUUUACAUCCACCUAUACAGCUAUACAUCCACCUAUACAUCCAUCUAUACAGCUAUACAUCCAGCUAUACAGUUUUACAUCCAGCUAUACAGCCAGCUAUACAGCCAGCUUUACAUCCACCUAUACAGCUAUACAUCCACCUAUACAUCCAUCUAUACAGCUAUACAUCCACCUAUACAUCCAGCUAUACAGUUUUACAUCCACCUAUACAUCCAGCUAUACAGUUUUACAUCCAGCUAUACAGCCAGCUAUACAUCCAGCUAUACAGCCAGCUAUACAGCUAUACAUCCACCUAUACAUCCAGCUAUACAGCUAUACAUCCACCUAUACAUCCAUCUAUACAGCUUUACAUCCACCUAUACAUCCACCUAUACAGCUUUACAUCCACCUAUACAGCUAUACAUCCACCUAUACAUCCACCUAUACAGCUUUACAUCCACCUAUACAUCCACCUAUACAGCUUUACAUCAACCUAUACAGCUAUACAUCCACCUAUACAUCCACCUAUACAGCUUUACAUCCACCUAUACAUCCACCUAUACAGCUUUACAUCCGCCUAUACAUCCACCUAUACAGCUUUACAUCCGCCUAUACAUCCACCUAUACAGCUUUACAUCCGCCUAUACAUCCACCUAUACAGCUAUACAUCCGCCUAUACAGCUAUACAUCCAUCUGUACAGCUUUACAUCCAUCUGUACAGCUAUACAUUUGCCUAUACAUCCAUCUAUACAUCCAUCUUUACAGCUAUACAUCCACCUAUGCAUGCAUCACGUCACAUGUCAUGUGUUGCCGGUCGUGCACCUCUUGAUGAUGGUGGAGAACAUCCUGACAACUCCAUCAUGUGUUAUGGGAACUGCAACACCCAGGGCAGGACAGCAGGCUCUACAGCGUGUCAUUACAGAGUCACGGUCCACGUGUGUGAUUGCUUUCCCAUCACCGGAGGGGAUGCCUUAUAACAACGGAGUCCUAAAGAGGGCAGCCCCACCCCCCCACAGCACACACUACAGCCACCUGUACAUCCACGUUGACAUCCUGCAGACUCUACUUUCUGACCACUCACAAAAAUGUGACUUUAGUUAUAUAUUUCAUUUUCAUUUGUGUAGAGAAGGUAAGAAUUUCCUUGCUCAGCUCUGCAGCAUGUAUGAAUUCUUGAUGAUGGCUGCACUGUCGGUGCGAGUCCUUCCAUAACACCUGCUCUGAUCC